AUGGCUUCGAUACAUAUUAGUAUUAGUGGUGACUAUAGACAUUCUAAUUUUGUGGAGUGCAAUGCAAAAAAUGAAAAAUAUGAAGAUGAAUAUUCUAAAAAAAGUUAUAGUUUUGACGAACAUAAUUACACAGGUAAAUGCACAGAAUGCGACCAAUUACAACAAUAUUUAGACCGAAUAAAAGAUGACUUAAAAAAUUGUACCCAUUAUGGAAAUAUAUUUCUUGAUAUACAUGAAGGCGAAAUAACAAAUUUAAUUAAAACAUGUUAUGCUAAGUGUACAAGCGCUGCGUCUCGUGCAAUAGAAAACGUAAAAUUAAGUUCGGAAAUACAACCCUCCGAAAAGAAAAAAGAAAAAGAAUUAAAUACAGGAGAAUUAAAUCAAGAAGUCAAAGAUUUACAAAAACAAAAAGACGAAGAACCUCUCAAUAAUGCGGUUGAAACGGAAGAAGAAAUCGAAACAACAGAUAAUAUAAUGUCUAGUUCUUCUAUGAAAGAAAAUAUUUUGAAAGAACCUUUAUCUACCUCAGUUGAUUCGUCAAACACACAAUUAUGUAACGUUGAAUGUUCUCUUUCAUUACCCUCAAACUAUACUCACCAAUCGAAUACAGAUCUUACAUUGCAAGUAAACAAUAUAGAUGGAUGCCCUCCAAAAAGUAAUUUAGCUAAUUCUCAAGAUGUUUGCGGGAAAACUGAUGAAAUACAAGGUAAUGCAUUUCAUACUUUCGUUAUAAGAAAUUCAGAUGGUGUAUCUUUUCAUGAUCAAACUACUAAUUUUGCAUAUCUCGAUCAUUGA